ACGAUGAGCGAAGCUAUCAGCGACAGCAACAACAAUAACGGAACCGACACAGAGGCUCCCGUCGUCGUGAACAUGGCAAGAUACAAUCGCGACUUUGUGUCCGGGUGCAUCGACGAGGCAAGGGGGUUUAUCAUUUUUCGCAAGGACCGGAAGGAAGGUGCCUUUGAGGAAGGCUGCAAAAAGCUACAGGAAGGAUUGGAGAACUUGAAGCUCUACCCGAACCACAACAGCCGCCAGAUUAAACAAUCCAAGAGCCAAGAAGACAAGGCGGAUGACUAUUUCAAGGAGGGUAAAUUCGAAAAGGCCUACAAGACCUACGAGAAGGCAAUUCAUUCGCUCAAGACACGCCAGCUCUCGCCUUCGGGAUGUGCUUGUUGCAUUGUGUCCCUUGUUGUCAUUAUCCCAUUAAUGUUUUUUACCGGGGGUGGUAAUAGCAAAGGAACGGAGUGUUCCGCUGGAUGUGGUUGUAAUGACAAAGCCUUGCCCAAGGAACUUGACUAGUUAGCUGGAUGGUGUGUGGGUUGUGGGUGAGCUUCCAGCUCCUAACUAGCUAUCAUAGAAGCUCAUUAAUGUUCGUGCCCAGACCUCACCUGAGCAGUA